CGAAAUCCCAUCUAUACAUAACGACAAUUAUAAUGAUGGUUACGUGUUUGGAUAUCUCUUUCCUCUAACUACCAUCGCCUUCUCUGAAUCAGAUGCCAUUUGGGUCUAAUUCAUUGCGCCUUUUUCUUUUUCUCUUCUCUUCUGUACAGCCGACAUUUUCCCCAACACAGCAACUCAGACUCAUCCAUGGCGGACGAUGGCAAGAAAGUUGUGGUCAUGAUGCUUAAAGUGGACUUGCAGUGUGAUCGUUGCUACAAGAAAGUCAAGAAAGUUCUCUGCAAAUUCCCACAAAUUCGAGACCAGAUUUAUGAUGAAAAGCAAAACCUUGUGAUUAUCAAGGUGGUUUGUUGCAAUCCUGAGAAGCUUAGAGAUAAAAUUUGUUGUAAGGGAUGUGGGGUUAUUAAAAGCAUUGAAAUCAAAGAGCCUGAACCUCCCAAGCCUCCUCCGCCCAAGCCCGCCGAUCCUCCACCACCCAAAAAAGUCGAUCCUCCCCCUUCCAAAAAACCUGAUCCACCCCCACCUCAAAAGGUUGAUCCUCCGCCUCCCAAAAAAGCCGAUCCCCCACCCCCCAAAAAGGCCGACACACCACCACCCAGUAAAGCCGCCGACCCUCCUCCGCCCCAAAAGGCAGCCGAUCCACCUCCGCCCAAAAAGGCGGACCCACCUCCGCCCAAAAAGGCGGACCCUCCUCCGCCCAAAAAGGUUGACCCACCACCCCCGAAAGCGAACCCUCCGCCUCCAAAGAAGGUGGAUCCUCCGCCGGUAGUCGUCCCACAGCCCACCCCGGUUCCCAUACCGGUGCCGGUUCAACCGGAGCCGUACCCGGUCAAUAUGUGCGUGCCGGUUCCGGGUUAUCCGCCCGGUUACCCUAUUGGGGUGUGCUGUAGGCAGUGCCAUGAAGGGAGGGGUGGGGGCCCAUGUUAUAGUGGGUUUGGUGGGCCAGGCCCAUGUUGCGAUGGGUGUGCUUCUGGAAGGCCUAUUUACGAUAGUUACGGUGGAGGGAGGCCCUGUUACGUUAGCCACUGUGAGUAUCUUAAUGAAGAAAAUGCAAGUGGGUGUAUUGUUAUGUAAGACACGUGUCACUUUGUGAAUGGUGUUCAUUAUAUGAUAAUAAUAAUCUUUAAGUUCUUGCACACACACUUAUAUGUGUCAAAAUAUAAAAGUUUGGAUGUGUAAUCCCAUGUAAUUUUUUUUAAUAAUGUAAUCAGAUCGGAUUAUUCAAAAUUAUAGAUUGUGAUCAACUUCUGACCAGAUUAA